CAGCGACUAUUUAUAGCACUCGCACGAACGAGAUAACCUGACGAUUCUAACCUAUAUGCUUCCAGCGGAGCAGUGAUCUGUCGCUGUUUGACGCACGACUCUGACAGAUAUCGGUAUAACUCAGGCGAUCGUCGGUACACGAUGUCGGAGAAGAUGCUGUCGAAGGACCCGGGCGAUGAGAAGGAUGGAAACGAUUCCACGACGUUGUCGGCAUUGUUUGACAACGCGUUCGAGAUGUUCAACAAUAUUAAUAACACACAAGAGCCAACAAACAGCACGAAAGUACAGGUAGACAUAAAGCGGACAAUGCGUACGCUCGAGGACGCGACGAGAUUGGUGUCCGCGGUGGACAUGUUUAGCGACAACGAGAGCUUUGAGGAAGUGGCCACGGAGAAUAUCAAGUAUUUCCUGCUGCCAGCUCUGCUGGGCAAGCUCACCACCAAGAUAUGCGGCAACGACGACAGAAUGCACCUCGUCAAGGUGGCGGAGAUCUAUUUUGUCGAUUUCUUGAAGCGACUGAAGACGUACGAUCUGACGGACGUUCAAGUGCCAGAAAUCAAUUCGACCGAUGAGAAGAGCGACGCAGGAGAUAACUCGAGCGUAUCGAACAGGCAGACACACUCGCCAAGGAUGCUGGAAGAUAUGGUUCUCAGCAGAAACGCAAAGCUACAAAGGUACAAGCAAGAGAAGGAGUUGGAGUCUCGUCUAGAGACGUUGAAGAAAAACCUCGACAAUCCGAACAUCGACGACGAGAUCAAGAGGGAGUACUUCGUUACGCUGUUGAAAUUAUACGCGGUACAAAUAGUGGAAGAGCUGAAUCUGUUGGGCAAGGAGAAGAUGAUCCUGGAGAAUAUCAAGAGGAUGGGACCGAUGCACAGCUUGGCGUCCGAGACGCAGAAACAGAAAUUGCCCACUCCAAAGUUGCAACCCAUCAUCAUUACCCGAGACGAGGUGCAAAAGAAGGUUUACGGAGCUGGCUACCCGAGUUUGCCGGUCAUGACAGUCGAGGAGUUCUACGACAAAAGGGUCAAAGAUGGAGACUGGCCAGAUCCGUCGCAGCAUGGCGCAAAGAAUGCUCGGUGUCUGCAGGACGUGGCAAACAGCGGAGCGGCCACGAGCGACGAGAAGGACGGCGAGGACAUCUUGAAGGAGGAGAUGGAGGAGACGGACGACCCCGAGCAUCUGGAACGGGCGCGCGCAAUGGAUGAGUACAGGGACACGCAUCGUCGCGGGUGGGGCAACCGCGCUAAUAGAAGUUAAAUAUUCCGAGUACUACCAUCUAAGUUCGAUCUGCGCUACGCGUGUGGUUUAUGCUGCGGUACGUUUUACGUUCGUGGGACCCGAGUGUGCACGACCAGUCAGUCGUGUUUUGUCGAAUUUGUGCGACGGGCGCACUUGAUGACGAGGCAGAGAGGAGGAAGAGCAAAUGCGAACGCUCUCGAAUUGUAAACGUUUUUAUGUCCAUGUUAUAUUUCGUCGAUCAAGUGAGUCUGAAUGUAUGCUUUUCUAAUAAAAUAAGCUCUUCUCACUCCGCGACACCGAGACCGUGAUGAUCUAACGAUCGUGGGCCUGUGCAAGAGCCUCGUUUCGCGAGAUCACGUACUCAUGUGCGUGCAUCUGCAUCGCAGUUACGCGAGCAAUUUGCUAUUCACAUUAUCCGUUGAAUAAUUUAAUAACGCGCGCAAGGUCUCGUUGACGUGAUAAACAAGAGAGAAAAAAUG